AUGUCUGAAGUCGAAGAAUUCAAUCAACAGAAACCUGUAAAAACGAGCAAACAGCACAAUAUAUUACCAAUAUGGGGUAAUGAACAAACUAUGAAUCUGAACCCUUUAAUCUUAGCAAAUAUUCAAGGUUCUAGCUACUUCAAAGUGCACUUAUUCAAGUUGAAGACAUACCAUGAAGUCGUGGACGAGAUUUAUUACCAGGUGAAGCACUUAGAGCCAUGGGAACGCGGCAGUCGCAAGACCGCUGGUCAGACUGGCAUGUGUGGCGGCGUACGGGGUGUGGGUGCUGGUGGUAUAGUCUCCACAGCAUUUUGCUUGCUGUACAAGCUGUAUACACUCCGCCUCACUCGUAAGCAAGUCAAUGGCCUUCUUCAGCAUACUGAUUCACCAUACAUCAGAGCUCUUGGUUUCAUGUACAUCAGAUACACACAGCCGCCCGCGGACUUGUUUGACUGGUACGCGGAGUACCUGGAGGACGAGGAGGAGGUCGACCCGCGUGCGGGCGGAGGCGGCCCCACCACGAUGGGCGCACUCGUGCGACAGAUGCUCGUCAAACUUGACUGGUUCACCACGCUGUUUCCGAGGAUACCGGUCCCUAUACAGAAGCAGAUCGAACAGAAAUUAGCGGAACACAGCAGACAGACAGCAGCGUCAAAGCCGGCGGGUAACUUUCGCGGCGGUAACAGCGGCGGCAAUAGUGGCGGCAGCGCCAGCAGCUACAACCCCGGCCGCAUGGAGGCCGACCGCCGCGACCACGACGACCGCGACAAGCGGGACUACGGCGACACAGAUAGGUACUCAAAAGAUCGGAUGAAGCGCGACGACAGAGAUAGAGAUCGCGACCGGCGCGAGCGCGACAGAGAUCGCGACCGUGACCGUGACCGCGACCGCGACCGCGAGAGGCGAGACCGGCCGCGACACCGCUCGCGCUCCCGCGACCGCGUCCGCCACCGCUCGCGCUCUAGGGACCGCCGCUACAGAUAA